GCCACAGCUUUCCAGAUUUCCUCACAGGGCCCUGCUAAUUCCAUGCCAAAACUGGCAGUGGAUUUCUUCCUUCUAAUCUCCCCUAAUGCCUUACUCGAUUAUUGUCACUGCUCUCCGACCAUGCACUGUCCCUUCAGACUCUCAUUUCCCAACUGAGUCAGUCAGAGGAGGCUGGGUGUCUGCAGAACAUAAUCUAAGACCACAAACCACCUUGUUCCACGUGAGAAGAAGGAAACAAGAAAGAAGGGAGUCAGGGGAAUCCUGCAAAUUUUUUGGCAACCUCUUUAUCUGUUGGAUUACUGACUUGAGGCAAACAAGGAAUAGAGAUAUGAAGGGUUUGAAAGAUUUCUCCAGUUGAUUGGCAAAGCAGAGCUGGCUAGUAGGGAGGACGACGCUAGGAGGAGGGUGAAUUGUGCAUUUCGGUGCACUGCAGGAUGGCGUCGCCUCUGCCCUGGUUGUGCAUUAUUCUGUGGCUAGAAAGUGCCCUAGGGAAAUUCGAAGAUGAAGGCAACUUCUACUCAGAAAACGUCAGUCGGAUCCUGGACAACUUGCUUGAAGGCUAUGACAAUCGGCUGCGGCCGGGAUUUGGAGGUGCUGUCACUGAAGUCAAAACAGACAUUUAUGUGACCAGUUUUGGGCCCGUGUCAGAUGUGGAGAUGGAGUAUACGAUGGAUGUUUUUUUCCGCCAGACUUGGACAGAUGAGAGGUUGAAGUUUGGGGGGCCAACUGAGAUUCUGAGUUUGAAUAACUUGAUGGUCAGUAAAAUCUGGACGCCUGACACUUUUUUCAGAAAUGGUAAAAAGUCAAUUGCACACAACAUGACAACUCCCAAUAAACUCUUCAGAAUAAUGCAGAAUGGAACCAUUUUAUACACCAUGAGGCUUACCAUCAAUGCUGAUUGUCCCAUGAGGCUGGUUAACUUUCCUAUGGAUGGGCAUGCUUGUCCACUCAAGUUUGGGAGCUACAAUGUGCACUUUGAAGGAAAAAAAGACAACUCGUCAAAUUCACUGCUAUAUUUAAUUUGUUUCAAACAUGUAGAUGCUUAUCCCAAAAGUGAAAUCAUAUAUACAUGGAAAAAAGGACCACUUUACUCAGUUGAAGUCCCAGAAGAAUCUUCAAGCCUUCUCCAGUAUGAUCUGAUUGGACAAACAGUAUCUAGUGAGACAAUUAAAUCUAACACAGGUGAAUACGUUAUAAUGACAGUUUACUUCCACUUGCAAAGGAAGAUGGGCUACUUCAUGAUACAGAUAUAUACUCCUUGCAUUAUGACAGUCAUUCUUUCCCAGGUGUCUUUCUGGAUUAAUAAGGAGUCCGUUCCAGCAAGAACUGUUUUUGGGAUCACCACUGUUUUAACUAUGACCACUUUGAGCAUUAGUGCCCGGCACUCUUUGCCAAAAGUGUCAUAUGCCACUGCCAUGGAUUGGUUCAUAGCUGUUUGCUUUGCUUUCGUCUUCUCUGCUCUUAUCGAGUUCGCAGCCGUCAACUACUUUACCAAUCUUCAGACACAGAAGGCCAAAAGGAAGGCACAGAUUGCAGCCCCACCUACGGUGACAAUAUCAAAAGCUACUGAACCUUUGGAAGCUGAGAUUGUUUUGCAUCCUGACUCCAAAUAUCAUCUGAAGAAAAGAAUCACUUCUCUGUCCUUGCCAAUAGUUUCAUCUUCUGAGGCCAGUAAAGUGCUCACUAGAGCGCCCAUUCUACAAUCAACACCUGUCACGCCCCCACCACUCUCUCCAGCCUUUGGAGGCACCAGUAAAAUAGACCAGUAUUCUCGAAUUCUCUUUCCAGUUGCAUUUGCAGGAUUCAACCUUGUAUACUGGAUAGUUUAUCUUUCCAAAGAUACAAUGGAAAUGAGUAGCAGUGCUGAAUAGGUUGCAGCCAGGACAACCUGAAUUCUCUAAGUUCUUGUUUCCUGUUUCCUAUAUUUUCUUAAAAAAUAGUAUUGAGACUUGUGUAGAUGCUUUUCAGAACACGAAAUCAAAUUGGAAAUCUGUAACGCAGCUUCAGUAAGCAUGUGUGGGCAAAAAAGCAAUAAUCCUACUCCUCGAAAUAGAAAGUUGAAGGUUGCUGAAAAAUAUGACUUUUCUGUAUGUCAGAAAAAAAUUUUAUGAGGAUAAAAUGGGUUCAGGAUGAAUCUGUCAGCCUUUGUCUUUCAUUGUUCAAUAUUUUUAAUUGUCACUGUGAAUAACAUUUACCACAAGGCAGAUAAAAUAAGAAAUGCUGACACUUCCAAAGGUUGCCUUAAAAUAUGUUUAUUUUGGCUUAGUUCUCAAGAGAGCAAAAUAUAAAUACAGUCUAAAUAUUUAUCAGUAGGUUAAUACCAGCAUGUUGGAGGCCUUUAUGCUAGUAAAAUGGCUUUCAGUGGCAUUGUAAAGCCUAUGUUGAGCUUGGCCAUUUGUUUUUAACCUCGCUGUGCUCUUUUACCUCAAUAAAAUGUGGUGUUUGUAUACAUAUAAAUUAUACAUAACUCAUACAUUAUGUAUGCAUAUGUACAUAGCUGUAGUUGGACUAAAAUUCAGUGUAUUUUAUCCUACCAAAUUCUCCUUUUAAAAUAAUACACUUACUAUAAUUCUAUGAGGUUGUAGAAAAAAGUAGUCAUUAUAAGGAAGCCUUAUAUAUUAUGACUAUGGUUAUCUCUUGUGUUUUCCAUAUUUCUAAUUAUAACACUAAAUAAAACAACAAUUAACUGGG